UUGCACCUAAUUAAUGGAACUAUUAAAGGUGAUGAAAGAUAUGCAGAAAUAUUCCAGGAUCUGUUAGCUUUGGUGCGGUCUCCUGGAGACAGUGUUAUUUGCCAACAGUGUGUUGAAUAUAUCACAUCCAUUUUGCAGUCUCUUUGUGAUCAGGACAUUACACUUAUUUUGCCAAACUCUUCUGAAGGUUCUGUUUCUGAACUGGAGCAGCUUUCCAAUUCUCUUCCAAACAAAGAAUUGAUUACUUCAAUUUGUGACUGUCUACUAGCUAUGCUAGCUAACUCUGAGAGCAGUUACAACUGUUUAUUGACAUGUGUCAGAACAAUGAUGUUUCUUGCAGAGCAUGAUUAUGGAUUAUUUCAUUUAAAAAGUUCUUUAAGGAAAAACAGUAAUGCUCUGCAUAGUUUACUGAAACGAGUGGUCAGCACAUUUAGUUAGGACACAGGUGAACUUGCAUCUUCAUUUUUGGAAUUUAUGAGAUAAAUUCUUAGCUCUGACACAAUGGAACACUCAAAGGAUGAUGACAAUCUGGAUUCUUUGUUGGGCAAUGUAGUUGGACUUAAGCAGAUGCUGGAGUCAUCAGGUGACCCUUUACCUCUUAGUGACCAGGAUAUAGAACCAGUACUGUCAGCUCCAGAAUCUCUCCAGAAUCUGUUUAACAAUAGGACUGCCUAUGAUCUAGCUGAUGUCAUGGAUGAUCAGUGGAAAUCUAGGUGGUUCACUCCAUUUCAGGCUGAAGAGAUUGAUACAGAUCUGUACUUGGUAAAGGUGGACUUAAUAGAGCUCUCUGAAAAAUGCUGUAGUGACUUUGACCUGCACUCAGAAUUAGAGCGUUCAUGUCUGUCAGAACCAUCAUCUCCAGGGAGAAACAAGACUACAAAAGGAUUCAAACUCAGAAAGCACAAACAUAAGACCUUUAUAACUUCAAGUGGGAAAUCUGAAUACAUUGAACCUGCCAAACGAGCCCAUGUUGUGCCACCACCAAGAGGAAGGGGCAGGGGAGGGUUUGGACAGGGUAUUCGGCCCCAUGAUAUUUUUCAUCAGAGGAAACAGAACACAAGCAGACCACCAUCUAUGCAUGUGGAUGACUUUGUUGCAGCUGAAAGUAAGGAAGUGGUCCCUCAAGAUGGAAUACCUCCACCAAAACGACCACUCAAAGUCUCACAGAAGAUUUCUUCUCGUGGUGGAUUUUCAGGCAAUCGAGGAGGACAGGGUGCUUUUCACAGUCAGAACAGGUUUUUCACACCACCUGCUUCAAAAGGAAACUAUAGUCGUCAGGAGGGAACAAGAGGCUCCAGCUGGAGUGCUCAGAAUACUCCUAGAGGAACUUAAAAUGAAAGCCGUGGAGGCCAGAGCGAUUUUACCAGGGGCCCUCUUCCACCACUACGACCGCUUAGUUCUACCGGAUACUGCCCAAGUCCUUGGGACCGUGCUUCCAGGGGUCAUGGGGGACUUUGACCUUCCUGGGCAAGUGCAAAUAGCGG